GCAGAGCAAACUUCAAUCGCGGAAGUGCACACAGAAGGGACUUCACCGCCGAGAGUCCGCUGUUCCUUCGCCGUUUUGCAGGGAAUUAUAAAACCUGAAAACGGUUUACAAUGUCCGGUAAUUUAAACAACCCUUUCGCCGAACCUGGUGGUGAAAACCCGUUUGACGACCCAUCUAUCAGACAAGUCACCCACUCUGCAGUAGAGUCAGUUGAACAGUACAACCCCAUCCCGGCUCAUACCUCAGGUGGUCCAGCUGCACACAACACUCCAGGCUCCACGCCACCCUACCUGCCUGCAGUCCUGCAGCCGUCCACGGAUCCCAGUCCUCAGAUGGUGGCUGUUGCUGCUCAGGCAGACCUGCUGAGGCAGCAGGAUGAGCUGGAGAGGAAAGCUGCUGACCUGGACCGUAGAGAGCAGGAGCUGCAGUCCCGGAAAUCGACAGGUAAAGAGAACAACUGGCCACCGCUUCCCAAACGUUUCCCCCUCAAGCCAUGUUUUUACCAGGACUUUGCAGAAGAAAUCCCGCAGGAAUACCAGAGGGUCAGCAAGAUGAUGUAUUACCUCUGGAUGUUCCACUGCAUGACUCUCUUCCUGAACCUGCUGGCAUGUCUAGCCUUCUUUACCACCAGUGCUGCCCAUGGAGUGGACUUUGGACUGUCCAUUCUCUGGCUCAUCCUCUUUGCUCCCUGCUCCUUCCUCUGCUGGUACCGGCCAGUCUACAAUGCAUUUAAGACCGACAGCUCCUUCAGCUUCUUCUUCUUCUUCUUUGUAUUUCUUGGCCAAGUCAUCAUCUUCAUUAUCCAGUCAGUGGGCAUCCCCUAUUGGGGAAACAGUGGCUGGAUUGCUGCAUUCACUGUCUUUCAAGAACACAACAAAGCUGUAGGAAUCAUAAUGAUCAUCGUGGCCAUCCUCUUUACCAUGUGUGCGGUGACAUCAGUCGUCCUUCUAAAAAUGGUUCACAGCAUGUAUCGCCACACUGGAGCAAGUUUCCAGAAGGCCCAGCAGGAGUUUUCCCAGGGCGUCAUGACCAGCCAAACCUUCCGAUCAGCUGCGUCUUCUGCGGCGUCGUCUGCUGCUCAGGGAGCCUUUCAGGGAAACAACUGAGUGUGGACUGGAAAGAUCUAUCACACGGGCCUGGGUGCAGCGACUGCAAAGCUGAAUGAUGGGAGGAGGAUUAUAAUGUGAUAUGACUAAACCUUGACCAGUGUCGCAUCCAAAUCCUCCUUAUUAACCUCACAUUUCACAUUGACGGCAAAUGUCUGCUUCAUUUUCACUCUUGGAUUCACAUUGAAGUCAUCUAAUUUCAGUUCUCUUUGGUAUGUGUGUGUGUGUGUGUGUGUGUGUGUGUGUGUGUGUGUGUGUGUGUGUGUGUGUGUCUGUGCGUGUGUGUCUGCACUUACUUUUUUUUUUUUCAACUAAAAUAUAUUUUACCUUUUUUGGCUGCACAAGGGCUGGGCACUUAAUCGUAACAUUUACGCAAAAUAAAGGUUUUAUAUAUUCCACAACCUCAAGUUCAAUUCAUUACUUAAUUAUCAGCAGUUUUAUCGAACUUGGUUUAAGAUUUAACAUUUACUAAUAUAUGAUUGUAUUGCCCUUGGCUUCAAACGUUUUUGCCAGCUGUAUCAUUUUCAAGACAUAUCUGUGCAACUCUGUCCAAAAGUGUGGCAUUUGGAUGCUUUAAUUAAAGUGAAAUUUGAAAAACA